AUGGCGGAAGAAGAAUAUUUUGAAUGGAGACUCUUUUUUCCGUUAACAUCAAAUGAUGAAAAUAUUGAAACAGAAAUAAAAACGAACACUAUGGUACCAUUCACAGUAAACACGAAAUUGAAUAUGUUAUCAAUAGCAGAGGAAAAAUAUUCACAUAAUUCAUCAUUUAUUGACAUUUAUUAUCUUUUGCAAAAUACAGAUGUCUGCCUAAAAGUACAUGACAUUGCUAAAUUAAAUAGUUUGAAAAUUGAAAUUGAAAUUCGUAAUCGUCAUAAAGAACAGCCGCCAUCUCUAAUUCAGCAUUGGUCUAUUUAUGAAAUAAAAUAUCCACGUAGUGAAUUACCUGAUAAAAUUCUCAAUCGUCUUGAUCGAGCAACUAUUGAAAAAAUCAAUGAAUAUCUUCAAAUGUUUACUGAUAGAGACAGUCUUUUGGCUCGAACAGAUUUAUCGUUUAUUCAAAUUAGAAAAACAAUGACGACGUGGCAUAUGAAUGAUAGUGAUCGAAAAAUAGACGAAACUGAUAUUUAUCUGAUGAUUAAUGAUAAUGUAUUAGAAAAAGAAAAAAAUGAUUCGUUUUACAUUCCAAAACAUUGGCGAACACUGUCCAUACAAACAAGUGACUAUGACCAACUUAUAAAAACAUUAACUACAUUACAAAUCGAAGAUGAUAAAGAUUUGAUAGAUUAUUUUUCAUUUCUUACAUCUCAAACAUGUUUUAAUUCAUUUCCUUCCCAACAUCAACAACAAUUAUUACCGACAAUAUCAGCAGAAAAGGCUUAUUUGAAUUUAUUAACUAUGAGCUAUGCAGCAUUCAUAGAACUGAUUCAACGUAUUCACCGAAAUCAAACGUAUACAGAAUAA